UCUACUUGAGAACCAAAACCCUAGUAAGUGAAAAAACGGCAGCAGAUGUACUCUUUCUUUUGAAGAUCUUUUGCUAAUGGCGACAUCGGUUUUACUUAGAUUACGUUUGGCUUCAGUAAACUCAACUGAUCUAGUUACAAGAUGUCUGCCUGGUGCAACACCAAGAAGAAAUACUCCAUUAAUUCAGAAAUGGGGGAAUUUAGCUAGAUUAUUCAGCUCAAAACCAAAACCUCUUGGUGAUGAUAGUGAUGUAAUUGGAGUGAUGGAGGGGAAGAAGAUUUGUACAGCAGCUGACAAUCAGACUCAAGGUGAGAUAGCUCCUGACAUCAAGUUACUAGCAGAAUUCAGAGCUAUGGGUUUCUCCCCUGCACCUGCCAAAACCAUGAUGGCUGGAAAAGAGCAGCAGAAUACCAUAAAAUUGUCUGGAGGUCUUUUGGAAAGCUAUAUUGAGGACAUGAUUCCAGAGGCAAUAAUAGUGCAUGAGAGAUGGAGGGGUGCAGAUGAAUCAACCUACAGUUUAGCACCUUAUUGUAAUGAAGUCAUUGGUAUCGAUCUAGGGACUAUCAAGUCUUGUGUGUCGGUGAUGCGAAAUAAUAUUCCAGAAGUUAUUCGUAAUUCAGAUGGAGUACACAACAUACCUUCCGUUGUUGCUUUCGGCCCGAAGGGAGAACUUUUGGUUGGUUUUCAAGCCAAGCAUCAAGGUGUGACUAACCUGAGCAACACUAUCUGUUAUACAAAACGUAUAAUUGGUAGACGCUUCGAUGACCCCAAGACACAAAAAGAGAUGGACAUGGUACCAUACAAGAUCAUUAAAGCUCCAAAUGGUGAUGCUUGGGUUGAGGCUAAUGGCCAGAAAUACACACCCAUUCAAAUUGGUGCUUUUGUACUUACUAAGAUGAAGGAGAUAGCUGAGGCCUAUCUUGGAAAGAGCGUCUCCAAAGCUGUCAUUGCAGUUCCUGGUGGCUUCAGUCAUCCACAAAGAAAAGCUACAAUGGAUGCAGGGAGACUUGCUGGUCUGGAUGUACACAGAAUCAUCAAUGAGACAAGUGCAGCUGCUCUUUCUUAUGGGCUUAACACUAAGGAUGGAAUCAUAGCAGUUAUUGAUCUUGGUGGUGGAACCUUCGAUGUUUCGAUCCUUGAGAUUUGCAAUAAUGUUUUUGAGGUGAAAGCUACCAGUGGUGAUACAUUCUUCGGUGGAGUGGAUUUUGACAGCACCCUAUUGGAGUUCUUGGUCAGUGAGAUCAAGAGAACUGACUCAAUUGAUUUGUCAAAGGAUAGAUUGGCUCUGCACAGGCUUAGAGAGGCAGCUGAGAAAGCUAAGAUUGAACUGUCAUCGAUCUCCCAAUCUGAGAUCAACUUGCCUUUCAUCACAGCUAAUGCUUCAGGACCUAAGCACUUGAACAUCACCUUGACAAGGCCGAAGCUUGAGUCGCUUUUCAAUCAUCUGAUUCAAAGAACUCAGAAUGCUUGCAGGGUCUGUUUGAAGGAUGCUGGCGUGUCUGUGGAAGACAUUCAUGAGGUUCUUUGUGUAGGAGGCAUGACACGAAUGCCUCUAGUACAAGAAGCUGUUUCUGAGAUAUUUAGCAGCGCAAGCAUAGUGGUGAGUCCUGAUGAUGCAGUUGCCAUGGGUGCUGCCAUUUAUGGCGGCAUCCAUCAUGGAUAUGUGAAAGAUGUCCUCCUGUUAGAAAUUACUGCCCGCUCCAUUGCUGUUGAGAGCUUUAGUGGUGAAGUUACAACUUUGAUUAACAAGAACAAAUUCAUUCCAACAACAAUAAGUACAAGGUUUUCAACAGGUGAUCACAAUCAAACCCCAGUUAUUCUACGCUUGAUUGAAGGUGAAGAUGUGGCUACAGAUUUUGAACUGAUUGGUGUGCCUUAUGCACCUAAGGGGUUGCCUGUCAUUGAAGUUAAUUUAGGUUUAAAUUCUGAUGGCAUGAUUGAUAUAUCUGCUAAGUCUACUCAAUUUGGUAAAGAGGAAAUAUUAGGAGUUGAAUUAUCUGAUGGUACACAGUCUGACAACAAAAGUAGGAUGGUGAUUAGAGAAGCAGAACAAGAUAUUGUACAGAAGUGCCCCACAGACAUGAAAAGAAGUGCAGACUUUUUGUUGAAAAGAUCUCCUAAUGCUGUUGAGCCUUUUAUAGUAGAUUGGCGAACAGAGGGUGCAAUCACUCCAGUCAUGUGUCAAAAAAAAGUUGGUACCUGUUGGGCUUGUGCGGCCGUAUCUGCAGUUGAAAGUAAGCACUUUCUUACUUAUGGUCAUCUAAUCCCAUUAUCUGUCCAGCAAGUUGUCGAUUGUGCAACUAUAGAUGGAUGCAAUGGAUCAAAUGACCACGUGGUAUAUAGGUUUAUUAAGUUUCAUGGGAUUUGUUCGGCUGAAGAUUAUCCUUAUGUUGCUAAGUCUCAGUCCUGUGAACUUGGAAAGAAAUCAAUAGUAUGGAUUAAGGGUUGUGUGUAUGUUCCUGUAGAAGCUAUGGAGAUAAUUAAGGCUGUCAGCAAACAGCCUUUAUUUGCUUGCCUCACUCCAGAGUUUUCUAAUCAUUCAGACUACUACAACUAUGGUGGAGGUCCGUAUUAUGGUGGAGACAAGAAUGUACCUAUAGACGUGAAUCCUACUAGACAUGCGGUUUGUAUUGUGGGGCAUGGAAAUUAUAAGGGGGAAUUCUUUUUGAUUUUGAAGGACUCGAAGGGAGAUACUUGGGGUCAUUCCGGGUACAUGUAUCUGGUCAUUACUCCAGACUUGGCUAAACAAAUCGAGUAUGUUUCUUACCCAGUAAUGUAAUUGAAAGAUUGAAUUGAGUGUGUGUCUAAUUAUCCAGUAACGUAAUUGAAAACCAAGGAGCGUACUAGGAUUUGAAUAGAGAAUGGAGUUUUUUUUUUUGUGUGUGUGUCUUCCCAGUAAUGUAAUUGAAAGAUUGAAUUGCAUCACUAGUCAAGAGAUGCGGAAGAAGACCAUAGCUAAUCGAAUUUGUUUUGAACAGUGAAAUGUCACUGAAAAUUAUUAAGUGUUCGAUUAGGGUGCUAAGAUCAAUUGUUUUUUUUGUGUGUUGUUUUUGGAUUAAUCUGA